CAGCGCAAUUUAGGAUUUAACCAAGUCUUUGCUGCGGGGCUUAAAGCAGUCUUCAAGAGAGACGCUUGACGCUUGCACACACAAUGUUAGUGUAGACUCUGUGGACCCCUAUAGAGUUAGACUGCCUUUUUACGUUGUCUUAUCCAAACUAUGACUGGAGUAUUCGACAGAAGGAUUCCGAGUAUUAAACCUGCAGAUUUUCAAAACCCUUUUCAGCUCUCCACGAUGCAUCAUCCAUCUCAGGAAUCUCCAACCCUGCCGGAGUCGACAGCCACGGAUUCUGGCUAUUACAGCCCUGCUGGAGGAGUUCAUCAUGGCUAUUGUUCACCGAACUCGGGCACGUAUGGGAAACCUCUUAAUGCCUAUCAGUACCAAUACCACGGAGUCAAUGGAUCUUCUGGAAAUUACACUGCAAAAUCCUACCCUGAUUACGGCUCCUACUCCACAGCAUAUCACCAAUAUGCCGGAACAUAUAAUAGGGUGCAGUCACAGCCGAGCCCGCAAGAAAAAGAAACAGCCGAGCCCGAGGUGAGGAUGGUCAACGGUAAACCCAAGAAAGUCCGGAAGCCCCGCACCAUCUACUCCAGUUUCCAGCUCGCUGCUCUGCAGAGAAGGUUUCAGAACACGCAGUACCUCGCGCUUCCAGAGAGAGCCGAGCUCGCGGCAUCGCUGGGACUCACACAGACACAGGUGAAAAUUUGGUUCCAGAACAAGAGAUCAAAACUAAAGAAGAUCAUGAAAAACGGCGAGCUGCCUCCAGAACACAGUCCGAGCUCCAGCGACCCGAUGGCGUGUAAUUCACCGCAGUCUCCCGCGGUCUGGGACUCACAGGGUCCUCAGAGACCUCACCAUCAGCCGCAAAAUAUUAACACGCCGGUAUCCACGUUUCUGGAAAGCGCCAGCUCGUCCUGGUAUUCCUCCACCGGGGUCAUGAAUUCUCACCUUCAGGCACCCGGCACGUUACAGCACUCGUUGGCACUCGGAUCAGGAACGUUGUACUGAAAUUUGUUUAUUAUUUUGUUGUAUAUUGGACUUGUGUUAACAAUUUUUUUGAGGAAUAUGCAAUGUAUCGAUAUGGCAGUCCUAGAAGAACGUGUAUAAUGUGUAAAUUGUGUGCAUGUAAUUUAUUGCAUUUGGAAGAAUUAUUAAAUGUUUUAAAUGGACAAUGGACCCAAACAUUCUGAAUGGUGCCUUGAAUUUUGACCUCAACGCGUACAUCCGACGAUGUGCCAAAACAUUAAGGACAACCCCAAAUAAAUGUGUUUUUCUUUAAUUAUCAAACAUUUUGUCGUCUUUAAGUUAAUUUGUAACUCAAAACAGAUCAAUGCACCGAGCACUUUCUUUGGCUUUAGAGCCUUUGUGAUAUGCUGUUUGCUCGAGAUUUCUGUGAUUGCUAAAGGGACUUUAAUUUUGCAGGCCUAAACAAAAAAAAAAAAAAGUUAAAUGGAAUUUGAGAAAACCAUGAUAUUGUAUUAACAUUUUGGGAUCGUUUGUUCAGGGCUGAGUCGCUAUUUAAUGGCGAAGAAAUAGAUAAAAUUUUAUAUAGACUAAUUAAAAAAAAAAAAAAAAAGAUUUGCUUCGGAUUUGGUCUUCAAUUAAUUAGGCCUAAAUGGAAACGUAACAUUUUAACUGAGUGUAUUUGGUUAUUAUUAUUAUUAAUUAUUAAUUCCAAAUACAUUUUAAAUGUUUUCACGUUAGUAGAACUGAAUAUUUGACCUUUAUCUUGAUUAAAACCACCCCUGACGAACGAAAAAUUUGGUCUGGCAAACAGUGUGCUCUUCCUUGCUGUCUUUGUGUUCCUUACAAUUAGUAGCUUUGAAUUGUAGUGAGGAGGCGAAGGGACGGCGCGGAGAUCAGAAGCAGUCCGCAUGCCUGUGGGGGCAAACCGGCUCCGGCGACCACAACCCAGCCCUGACAGAUCCUCCUCCUGGAAAAAUGCUGAACAUCUCAUUAAAACCAGUGCUAACAUUUCUACAGCUGAAUGCCACGAUAAAUCGUAAAAAGGACUUGACCAGGACAUGGCUUAAUUUGAGAUUUUCUUUGUUGACUAUGGAGUUGAUAAUAUUGUAGGCCUAUAACCAAUAUAAUAAAAAAACCAG